AUGAGAAGACAAUCAGCCAAGAAGGCAAUCGUUGACCUUGAAGCGCGCAUCGCCCAACUUGAAGGUGUCCUACGAGAACACAAUAUCGACCAUCCCCAACCGUCACCGGAAUCUCCAACCAGACAUACUCCAAUCUCCAAGCCUCGAUCGACCGUAUCGGAGGCACAUUCAGGGACCGAUGCCGACCAAAACCAGGCCGAAAGGCGUCGACCUGGAAAGAAAACCACUUCUGCACGAGCAGAGAGUCCUUCGACACACUUCAUUAAUACUGGGUCCUUUCAGCCCUUGGAGGCACCAGAGAUUGCUCAAAGCUCCCAGGUAAAUCGGGAUUUAGCUGGAGAUCUACCGAACACAGAGGACCACUUCGUCAUGGUUGGAACUUCGAGUAUCCCGAGUCCCCAGUCGACAAGUCUCGCACAAAGCGGAGUUCAUGCGUCAGAAGAUGGUGAUAGUAGCAUCACAGAUAUUCUAUCAGCACGAAUGGGUGCGCUCAGGAUUGUAGAGGACGGACAGCUUCGAUACUAUGGACCGACGUCAAAUCUUCACAUGUAUGCUGACGGACUUCAAUCAUUGUCGAGCCCAUCCUUUCGCCGAGUAUCGAUCGAAGGAAUGGAUGUUCUUCGGCGACUCGGAUUGGACCUGGACGUGUCAUCGGACCUCGAAACGCAUCUGGCAGGGCUCUACUUUGCCUGGGAAGAUCCGGCAAUUCACGUCGUUGAUGAAGAUGUCUUUUUCGCUGAAAAGAGACGCUGUCGAUUACAGGAAAUAAGCAGUCCCUACUAUUCUGAAACACUGAACAAUGCAACAUGCGCCAUUGGAGCUUGUCUAGCCAACGGCGAAAAGCUCAAAGUCCCCGAACCCGCUGCAGAAUUCUUCUCUGCUCGAGCAAAAGCACUUCUGGACGUCGAGAUGGACAGCCCUACUGUGGCGACAGUUCAGGCACUUGUGAUCAUGAGUGCUACUGAAGCUGCAUCUACUAGAGAUGCUCGUGGCUGGCUCUACAGCAUGGCUACCCGGUUGAGCGCCGAUCUGGGACUUCACUUGGACAUCAGCAAUCACAUUAGCAACGGGCUUUUGACACAGCGUGACAUGAAGAUCCGACAAACAGCUUUCUGGGGGGUUUUCAUCCAUGAACAUAUGUGGAACCUAUAUGCUGGCCGACCAUGGGGGCUGGGGGUUCAAAACAUUACGAUCCCAAUGCCAGAGACUGAGUCAAGUGAGAGCAACUGCAAAGAAUGGAAGUCUUACCCACCUUCUGUCUGGCAGGCAAAUGAACAGGAGAAUACGGUUUUAUUCCCUGUCGGUGCUUGCGCAGCAGCCAAUGUUCAACUCUGCGAAUACAUGCGGCAGAUCAACACCACUCUAUAUGCUGGACGGACGCUGGGGUUGACCGACCUGGUCGAGUUCCUCCUCAACACCAAACAGUGCGUGAACGACUGGCAUGAAGGUUUAACCUCGUUGAUUGACGUGAAAUACGCAAGCACUGAUAAGAUCUAUCAUCCUGCUGUAUUACAACUCCAGUAUGCCACCCUACCCAGAAAGUUCACCCGCGUGUUCGGAUCUGACAAUGACCAUGAGUCCCGGUACUCUCUGAACGACUUGCAGCUUUGCUGUCAUUCGCUUGGGGAGAUCGGUCGCUGCUUCGGAAAUGCAACCCGAGCGUUGGAAGUCAUCAUUCUCGUCAAGAGUGAAUGGCAGAGAAUAGCAACUUCUCGACUAGGUCAAAGGGCUGGAACUAAACGGCCGAGCUUUAGCAUGUCCAAAGGCGCUGAUGAGCGUGACGAUAACAAUGACGGAGGAAGGCCAAGACAAAGAUAUCGCACCUUGGAUCGAGCCAGUUCCAUUCUCCAGGCAUCUGAUAUAGGUACACGCUCUGGCUUUCCCCAACAGAGACCGUUAGAUCUUGACGGGAUGAACCUAGACGAGUUCAGUUUGGAGAGCCAAUAUCAAGACAUGUGGGCAUUCUCAGCCGAGCACGAGUUUGAUCUACACGAGGCUAUUCCGCCCAUUGAUUGGUUCAACAAUCAGCUGCUGGAGGGGUCUCACAUAUCAAUGACGAACAUGAUGGGUCAAGUGAUGAACAACGUCGAUGCUCCUCAGGAUGGAACUUCCAAUAGCCCGCCGCGUAAAUCUUGA